AAACAAAUGAUAGGGGGGAGAAAGUGACAAGUGCAUUAGGCAUUAUAAUUCAACUGGGCUCCACCUACCAGCCGUGCCUGGUAAUUAAUGGAGCUCCCAGCCUGCAAACGGCUGCAUAAGGCAGGGAGAGGCAACGAGAGAGCGAGAGACAUGCCAUUGGAGAUAAUUGAUUACAUCCCAAUCAACAAUAACUUGUUAGCCAUAGUCAAUGUAUCAGUCUCUCGGUUUUUUCACUCUCUCUCUUCAUUUGAAGGAUGAGUGCAAGUUGGAAGUAGUCAGAGAAAAGCAGAAGGGAGGUUGUUUUUAAGCUGCAAACUGAGAUUCUUGGACAAUAGUGCAAAAAGUCAUCUUGUGGAAACCUUAUCUGCUCAUUCACACCUCCUUCCCUCCCUCCCCCCCCCUUUUUUUUAAAUUCGUUUUAACCUUGCACAGUCAGCCUGCAAGCCUUGGAGAAGACAGAAAGGAGACCUUGGAGUUCUACAAAGAACUUUUUUUUUCCUCUUAGGAAGCUCUCGCCUUCGUGAAGCUCAAAAAAUGACUUCCAAGGAAGAAGCUAAAGCAUCCUCUGUGGAGGAGAGAAGGAGAAACGCGUUGGACCACUUGCCACCUCCUGCAAACUCGAACAAGCCCUUGACUCCCUUCAGUAUUGAGGACAUCCUGAACAAGCCUUCAGUAAGGAGAAGUUAUACUAUCUGUGGGACAGCUCACCUACUGUCCUCUUCUGAAAAGCCCCCUUCAGCAGGACUACCCCUGUCCAGCAGAUCUCUCCUGUCCCAGACCUCACCUCUAUGUGCCCUGGAGGAACUGGCCAGCAAAACCUUCAAAGGUCUGGAAGUCAGCGUCCUACAAGCUGCUGAAGGACGAGAUGGGAUGACCAUUUUUGGCCAGAGACAGACCCCCAAAAAGAGGAGGAAGUCCAGAACUGCGUUCACCAACCACCAGAUUUAUGAGCUGGAGAAACGCUUUUUGUACCAAAAGUACCUGUCCCCGGCGGAUAGGGACCAAAUAGCACAGCAGCUGGGACUGACCAACGCUCAAGUCAUCACCUGGUUUCAGAAUCGAAGAGCCAAACUCAAAAGAGAUUUGGAGGAGAUGAAACAAGAUGUGGAGUCAGCCAAAAAAAUGAGCCCAACUUCAGUAGAAGCGGUGCUCACUAUUUCAGAACUGGACGAAACAGAGUCUUUGAACAGUCCCAACUCUAGGAGCAGGUCACCCCAUGUACCAAGUAACCUCCAGAUGUCACCUUCUUCCCCUUUUACAGAUCAUCACACGAGCAAAGAGUGCUCAGAAGAUGAAGAAGAUGUGGAAAUCGACGUCGAUGAUUGAAUUUUUUUUUCUUAUUUAUUUAUUUUUUAUUCCAAAAAGACUAAUUAAAACAAGAAAGGACGGUAUUUUUACGCUGCACUUGUUCAUAAACCAGAUUUCAAAAAUCAUACCUUUCACCCAAGGCAGUUUCUUUUUUCAAUUAAAGCAAUAAGUAAUAUAAGAAAGACUUAAAUUACAACGGCUGCCCAAUCAGGUAGUUUUUGUGUUUUUUUUUAUUAUUAUUAUUAUUAUUAUUAUUAUUAUAAUUAUUAUUAUGAUUUUUAUUUUUAUUUUUUGGAAUGGUGCAAUUGUGGAUGGCUUCUGUAAAAACAAAAACAUAUUUAAACAUAUUUUUUUAUGCUCUUUUUAAUCUCUAUAGAUAAUUUGCUCAUCGUCACACGUUUCGAUAAAUCAUAAGACACUUUUAUUUACCUAAUGUAUCUCCUAUGACUUACCAUAAUUCUCUUGCAUGUUAUGCACGAUUUUUUUUCCCCUUCUAUAUUAUGUUUCCUUUUUUUUUUUUUUUAUUAAUACCUAUGUCAAUUUACCUAAUUUUCUUAUAUCAAACACAUUUUCUUUAAACGCAAUUUCUAUCUCGUUAUUGCCAUUUAGAAUAUAUAUAUAUAUAUAUUUUCUUGUCUGCUGCAACAUGCUUUUUUAAAACAAUCCUACCUUUCA